CACUGCACUUCCGGGAUGAUACAAUGUUGUGCAAUAUCUUCACUAUUUAUAAAAGACUAAAGAUCGAUUCUGUUCAUCACAUUACAACACCUGAACAUCGCAUGCUAGUCGGAGAAAUUUAUAUCGGGUAAGAGAUAUCGCUGACUGACACUCGGACAGGAUGCCGAGCCACGCACGAGGCCGGGGCGGUAGGGGAAGGGGGCGCGGCCGGGGAGGGCGCAGGAACGCCGGCGGGGACAGGCCGCGGAGACCGAAGGAUGAGUGGGGUGUGGAGGCUGAAGGUCAGGGGUCAUCAGAUGACCUGACCUGUGACCUGAUGACCCUGUUCACCAGUAACUGUAGUUUCCAGCAGCAUCAUGCAGCACAGGAGAAAGACAAGAUCCGCUACGCAGCUGUCAUGGCCGUGCUGGAAAAGAAUGGAGUCGAGUUUCCUCAAGGGUCACGUAUCCGUGCACUGGCAGCAGCGUGGGCCCGCCAUGACCACACCCUGGCCAACACCUUCCUACAGGACUCCAGCAAAUUUGGCCUGGUCAAGAUUCUGAAGGCCCUGACUUUGCUGGACUCCGGGCGCAAGGUGCGUGAGUGUGAGAAGAAACUGAAGCGCCUGGAACUCCAACCUGGCAAGACAAAGAAGAAAACCACAGGGAAGGUCAAGUCCAACAAGGACAGCUUCAGCGCUAUCAAGCCCCCUCUGGGGUCCAUGAGUGGAGCGUUGGCCCGACACAUCCGUCGCUGGGUGUCCAGACUGACCGCUGACCAGCUGGAGUUCUACGCCUUGUUCUUCCCUCCUGAGCCGUGGAAGCGCCUGGCAGACCUCUGCCACUUCAACCCUAAGAAGGACUUCAAGUUACCCUGGUUCCUGCCAUACUGUUUUGGUGGCGAGGCACCAGCUGGGAGCAUGGUAAGGAACUGUGGUCACCUGACUAAGGAGAAUGUCAACGAACUUGUCAUGACCUUUGACAUUCCAUACGCACACAUCAAGCCCCACAAAGACUCUCUGACUACAGAGGCCAAGGCCAGGAUUGCGCAAUACACAACAGACCUGGACACAUUACUCUGGAACUAUGAGGACCUGGCCUGUCCUGCCACAGACAAGGUCAUCCAUGACCUUCUGACCUCUGGGUCCAAGGUCAACCUUCCCUAUGGGAAGCUGAUGGAGCGUCUGCUGACACUAAAGAUGAUGAGAAAGGAUUCCCCCAGACAUGCAGAAGAUGACUGGUCAUCCCCAGAUACAAACAAUGACCAACAAGAGGGAGGAGGUGGUUCUACAGAUGCUCGGGAGAAGGCUUCAUUCUUUGACCUCCUGAUCCCACUGGCUGAGAAAAGACUGCAUGAAAUCAGUGUACCUCUGGAGCCACCUGUGGUUGUGAUUGGUGAUGCGUCUUCGUCCAUGGGCGUGGCCAUCAGGACGUCCACCAUCAUCGCUAGCCUGCUGACCGCCAUCACGUCCGCCAAGCUGGUCUUCUUCAACGGCAGUAACUUUGAGCCCGACGUGUUGCCCGAGACAAUACCACAGGUACUGGACGUGGCCACUACUGUCCAAGCCAGUGGUUGUACGGCCCCUGCAGCCAGCCUGCAGCCGUUUUAUGACCGUAAGGAAGUGGUGAAGACCUUCAUCAUUGUGACUGAUGAGGAGGAGAACACUAACUCCCAAGGGGGGUACAGGUUUGCGCCACUGUUUAAGAAGUACAGUGAGGAAGUGUACCCAGCCAAAAUGGUCUUUGUGUCCUUCCUACGAGGCCAACAUGCUGAGGGACAAAUGGUCAGAGAACUGAAACAGCAAAACUUCGACCCCCUCCAGUUCAAAUUGGACUCGUCCAGGCCAGACCUUACAAAGCUGGAUAACCUGCUUGGACUGCUGUCGAUGGGGUCUCAGUCUUUUGAUGCCCAGGUCACAGAGAUGGAGGAGGUGCUCACACAGAAGGGACUGGAGGCCAUCCACAUACAGAACCAAGAUUAGACAUACAUAUAAACUUAAAAUAAGUCUCAGUCCACUACAUUAGAUGUGCAAUUAAAAGUCAAUUGAACUUCUUAACGUUUUAAAUAAAGUGGUCAACAAUAUAUAUAUAUAUGUGAGAACAGCAGAUUUUAGAAACAUAAAAGCAAUGCUGUAUAUGAUUUGGUAUGUGUAUGCAAAAAUGUUCAUGAAGUACAUGUUUGUAUAUGAGGGUAGAAAUGUUUUAAAUUUUGUUAUUUAUAGAUGGUACUAGCAUGAAAGAGGAGAAUAAAUAUGAAAUAGCAGAAAUGAUUUAACAUCAUAUAAGAUUUAGAAAAGAAAAAGACAGAAGCAACAGAUUUACAAUGUACAAGUACAGGAAGACGACAGGCCAAGAUGGUCUUAAUUUUUAAAAAAGAUAGCAAAAAAAAUGAAAUGGUUUAUACACAUUUUGCUGGGAACCUUUAAGGCAGCCUUAACAAGAAUGUCUUAAUUGUACAUACCUCAGGGCGUACAUUACUGAAUUCGGAAAUCUCACUUUUAUUUUCCUCUUUGAUAUUGGUGCGACCGUCCUUGUUCGUACUGUAUAAAUAUAUCCUUUUUUGUGCAACAUGUAUAUACUUCUUUGCUGCAAUAAAAAUAUCCACUCC